CGAGAAAAUGGCGGCGGCGGCGGCGCCUUGAGCGGCGCGUCCCAGGCUGGACAAACGCUGCUCAGCUAUGGAGAAUGAACCCAGCACAACGACGUGUUCUGCACCCACCACGACCGUCACCACCAGCGCCACCUCCCGCCCGCCGCUGCCGCAGAUCUCCGUGUACAGCGGCUCCGACAGACAUGCUGUGCAGGUUAUUCAGCAGGCCUUGCAUCGUCCUCCUAGCUCAGCUGCUCAGUACCUCCAGCAGAUGUAUGCAGCCCAGCAGCAGCACCUAAUGCUGCAGACUGCUGCUCUGCAGCAGCAGCACUUAAGCAGUACCCAAUUUCAGAGUCUGGCAACUGUUCCACAGGCAAGCCUGUCAGGUGGGAGGCAAUGUACUUCCCCCACUGGGAGUGUCACUCAGCAGUCAAGCGUGUCGCAGACCUCGAUUAACCUCUCCACCUCUCCUACACCUGCACAGAUAAUCAGCCGCUCUCAGACCUCCAACACCACCAGCAGCAGCAUCACCCAACAGACGAUGUUGCUGGGCAGCACCUCUCCCACCCUGAGUGCCAGCCAGGCUCAGAUGUACCUACGAGCUCAGAUGCUUAUUUUUACUCCUGCAACCACUGUGGCUGCUGUCCAGUCUGACAUUCCUGUUGUCUCCUCAUCCUCCUCAUCUUCCUGUCAGUCUGCAGCUACUCAGGUUCAGAACUUGACGCUGCGCAGUCAGAAGCUGGGCGUGUUGUCAAGUUCCCAGAAUGGGCCACCAAAGAGCAGCAGCCAAACCCAGUCUGUGUGCCCCAGCAAGGCUGGCAGCAGCUCCAAGGGCAGCUCAGACCCCCCAGAAAGCAGCAGGAAAGGAGAGAGCCCCGCCCCAGAGUGCCGCAGCACGGCCGUCACACGCACCUCCAGCAUCCACCACCUCAUUGCACCAGCUUCAUAUUCUCCAUUGCAACCUCACUCUCUAGUAAAACAUCAGCAGAUCCCACUUCAUUCACCACCUCCAAAGAUCUCGCAUCACCAGCUGAUCCUGCAGCAGCAGCAGCAGCAGCAAGUGCAGCCGAUUGCGCUGCAGACUCCUCCGGGCCCGGAGCCGCCUCCAUCCCAGCACUGCCUGCCCCUGCCCAGCCCCGCGCCCAGCAGCGCCCCGUCCCACUGCUCCCCCAUCCACAUCCACCCUCCGCCGCUCACGCUGUCCCCCACCCCGUCCCAGUCAGCUCAGCAGUCGGUGGUGGUCUCCCCUCCGCCGUCGCACUCCCCGAGUCAGUCGCCCACCAUAAUUAUUCACCCUCAAGCCCUUAUCCAGUCCCAGGCCAGCUCCCUGGUGCCCGCGGCUCUGCAGGCCGAGCCGGCCGCUCCCCCGGCGGCCGCCGCCAACCCCGCGCGGCCCUCGCAGCCGCUCGGCCUCCCGCAGCCGCUGCCGCUGCCGCCCUCGCCCGCCGUGCACAUCGGGGCCGUGGAGCCGCCAGCCUUGGUGUCCCCGGGCCAGCAGCUCGUGUCCUCCGCGCCACACCAGCAGUAUCCAGCCCUGCAAUCCGCUCCCAUCCCUCUGGCGGCUCCGCCUCAGCUCUCGGCAUCCUCAACUCAGAUUCAACCGCUGCCCCUGCAGUCUGUGCAGUCUUUACAAGUGCAGCCUGAAAUUCUGUCCCAGGGCCAGGUUUUGGUUCAAAACACUUUGGUUUCUGAGGAGGAACUUCCCGCUGCAGAGGCUUUGGUCCAGCUGCCGUUUCAAGCUCUUCCUCCGCCACAGACCGUCGCAGUAAAUCUGCAGGUGCAGCCGUCGGUUCCGAUUGAAACUCCGGUGAUUUACCAAGUGGAGAAUGUGUGUGAAGAGGAGAUGCCCGAGGACUCAGAUUGUGUGCACAUGGCGAGAACACCCACACCACCCACCUUGUCCCCACCAGCCAUCACCUUGGGCAAUGGAGAGGCUCUCAAUUCAGAAGAUCCUUUGUCAGAACAUGGGGGACUGCCUUCAGUGACAUCAUCAGUCAGUGCCUCAGUAAUUAAAUCUCCAUCUGAUCCUUCCCAUGCCUCUAUUCCACCACCCCCUCUUUUGCUUCCAGCAGCAACGACAAGGAGCAACAGCACCUCCCUGCCCAAUAGCAUUCCCAGCCUAGAAAACAAACCUCCCCAGGCUAUUGUUAAACCCCAGAUCCUGACCCACGUCAUCGAGGGCUUUGUCAUUCAGGAGGGGUUGGAGCCAUUCCCUGUCAGUCGUUCAUCUUUGCUGGUGGAACAGCCUGCAGAGAAGAGAUUGCUGGUGGAGGGUCAGAUCAUGAGUGUGGUGUGUGUUGAAUCAGACUUGCAGAACACAAAACAUGCAGACAACUCCUCAGACACAGAGAUAGAGGAUAUGAUUGCAGAAGAGGGACUGGAUGAAAUUGAAAAUGAUCUUCUGAAGUGUGAAUUUUGUGGAAAAAUGGGAUAUCCCAAUAAGUUUCUGCGGUCAAAAAGAUUCUGCUCCACAUCCUGUGCCAAAAGGCACAGCCUUAGUUGCACUAAGAAAUUUGGGCUAUUUCCAUCAGACAAGACCAGUCGUUGGAAUCGGAAGUCAGAUAGCCAAAGUCUUGGGCGGCGCGGGCGUCGGCCGAGCGGCCCUGAGGGGGCGUCACGAGAUCAUUUUCUUAGACAGCUUCCAAUUACUUAUCCAUCUGCAGAAGAAGAUCUGGCUCCUCACGAGGACGCUGUUCCGACGGCCAUGACCACGCGCCUGCGGAGGCAGAGCGAGAGGGAGCGGGAGCUGCGGGAGCUGAGGAUGAGGAAAGUGCCAGAGAGCAUCGACCUCUUACCUGUGGUGCAGACUGACCCCUCAGUGUGGACUGUCGAUGAAGUCUGGGCCUUUAUACAUUCUCUGCCUGGUUGUCAAGAUAUUGCAGAUGAAUUUAGAGCACAAGAAAUUGAUGGACAAGCUCUCCUUUUGUUGAAGGAGGAUCACCUUAUGAGUGCAAUGAAUAUUAAGCUUGGACCUGCAUUGAAAAUCUGUGCACGUAUCAAUUCCUUGAAAGAAUCCUAGGAGGUGAACAUGAAGGUUUAAACAAGAGUUUCUCAGUGACAGAACCAACAGUAAUAUGCCAACAUCUUCACUGUGGCAUGAGUGUUACUGUGAUGUUUUGUUAAGUAGGUGGGACUCUCCCCACAUAAAGACUUUAAAAUGUUCCUUUGAUUAUACCAGGAGUCCUCUGUAGUUUUCAACAACUAAUAAGUUUAUAGUAAAGCCUGAGUAAUGCUUUGAGUUGAACUUUUUCAUGGAAAAACAUGAAGUGAAAUAUGCUGUGCUAGGUUAGAUAUUCCCCAACAUGUACUUCAUUUUAUGAGUUAUGAUUAACCCCCCAGUCCCCACCCCAGUCUAGACACCAUUUAAAUCGUGUUGCUGUAUUCUGAAAGAUUUUUCCCACAUACAGCAGUGUUUGGACUGAACUAACAGAAGUGUCCACAGGCCCUGUGGAAGCACUAGUACCAGUAAAAUGCUAUGCAUUUAGUUGUGCUCUCUGAGUUUGUUUUAGUCUUGAGCAAAUUGUUUGUAAGGGGUAGGUUGGCAGCUGGUUUUCCUCAUGUAGGCUUACCCUCAUCUCUGCCACUAUAGUAUUUUCUUGAAGUCUGUAAAAUACUAUAAACCAUGUAGAUGUCUCAUCAAAGUCCUCGUGAUCAGGCUACUGACACUCCUGCCAGAGGUAACUGAAGCACAUGUUACUUUACUCUUUGAAUGCUGCUAUGCACUAAGGGGGCAUUAAGUGUUAGAUUUGUAGUUUCACAUGCUGCUAGUUAAGCUAGACCAGCAGUUCUCAAAUGGGGGUUCAGAGUGGACCUUGAGGAAGAGUGUGAGCUCUUGGGGUUCAGGUUCCCAAAUGCCUGGGUGUGAGGGGCUGAAAACUGCAGCCAGGACCAGCUCAUGUUGAGACAAGUUGCUUUAGACACUGGGGGUAGAGAAGGGACAGCAUAACUCAGAUGUUCUUUUUCUUGAUACCUCUUCUAACAUCUUUUUCUGUAGUGCAUUCCCAUUGCCUCACUGGAAGCUUCCAAGCACCUUUUCCUUGUCCAGUGGCCACUGUGAGCUGUGCUUGCAGUGCUCUGAGGAAGGAGCAGUGAGGUCCCCUCAGAGCUUGUGCAGGAGCAGCUGCUGCUGCCAUGAGGGAGCCUGGAGCUGCAGCUCAGCAGGAGGAAUGCCAGUGUUGGCAGCUCUGGGAGAAUGUCCUGGUUUAGUGCAAAUUUGGGAGGACCAGGACAGAGAAAUAUCCUGCUUUGUCCCUCUGGCAGGAGAUUUUGCCUUGGAUGCUGCAGACCCAGGGGGUGGGAUUUUAGUGUCCCCCUCCAUCUGCCCUCUCUCCCGCUCUGUGGGACAAAUACAUUUCCCCAGUUACUGAUGCUCGUGGAAGCUGCCUGGGCUCUGAGGCAGCAGCACCUUCUUGGCCUUUGCCUCCCCCACCUGUGCACGGAUGUUCAUGGAUGUAUUUUGUCCUUCUGUUCCCUCCCUUUUGCAGCUCCACUCCCCUUAUGUACAGACCUGGAUCCUUAAGCUCUUGUUUAGGGAAAGAAGGGUACGUGUGCUGAUAGUCAUUGUGUAUAUUUGAAUUAAAUAUGUGUAUGUGUCUGCAAAUAAUGUAUUUUUUGUAUUUUAUGCAAAUUAAUGCAUAAUAUAUGAUUGUGUAGGGAGGUAUUCAGGGGGCUGUACAGUAUUCCUGAAGAGAAGAGGAACUGACCUAAAGUUUGAGAACUGCUGCCCUAGAUCAAAAGGAGUCAAUGCACAUACACUGGCUAAAAGGCAGGUUUGUGACAGACAGAUUAAUAUGUAUAUUAACUGAUGACCUUAAAGAGUAAAUUUGAAAUACAGAAAAAUCUGUGCUUCAUUUUCCUUUAAUUAGACUAUUGCUUUGUUUCCACUAACAGAUUUUCUACCAUUACCUUCUGGAGAUCAACAUUAGAAUCAUUGUUUUAAUUACGGCUGUUUGAGGUUGCUAAUAGCAGAUGUUAUUAAUGUUUUUAUUAACCACUGAAGCUGCAAGUUAGGACAACACUUUGCAGUUGCACGCUGGUUUGUGGUGAGAACCCCUACCCAAAUGGCACCAAAGCUUUAGAGGAUGAAUUGAUGCCUGGGUUUAUUUUGGAGGGAAGUUGCUAAGCACUUUCUAAUUUGUUUUUAUUUUUUCCUAUUUUCGGUUACUGUUGUAAAAUAAACUUCUUAGUUGAAGUUCCAAUGUUUGCUAAUGUUCAUUUGAAAGACAUUCAAAUGAUGGAGACAGUGGGUUCCCAUUUGUAGCAUUUCUGUAAGAUACACAGUGUAGCAUAUCUGUAACAUAUGUUCUAAAGGAUAUGUUCUGUUUUGAUGAGCUAACUGAAGACUAAAGAUAUCUUAGAUAUUUAUCCUUUGGCUUUUGUCUUAAAGUUUUAUUAUUUUUAUACAGAAAUCUCACUGGCUAAUUUUUAAUCUGUCUUCUGAUUGUACUGUUCUUAGGCAAUGUAAAAAGUAGGGAUACAUAAAUGUGGUUUGAUAAUGGCUUAAGGUGUACUAGAAAAUGUGGACUUAGGGCUCUUGUUUAGACCUGUAGUUAAUCAGUGUUACAUGCAUGAGAAUUUCAUGGCUGCUUUAAUUUUGCUUUAUUAGACAGCUUUCAGGAGAGCUUCUGCAGCUAGUGUUUGUGUCCAGCUCAGCCAGAAUCACUGCCAGGUGCCAGGAGCCCAGAGCAGACCCAGCAAGGCACAUCUGGUCCUGUUCAUCUGGUAUGUAACAUUCCCUGUGGCUUUGGGAGAGCCACAGAUAAUGAGUUAUGCUUCAAAUAUUCAUAAGUGCAACAGCUUAGAGUGUGGGCCUUAUGCAUAUUGAAAGUUUUUUUCCUCCUUCAGUGAUUUUGGCAAUUAACUGGAACUUAAAAGCAGACAUAGCUAUACCAUCCUCUCCUGAUAGAAGUGCACUUGUACAGGAGUGUUUGCCAGUGUAGCUGUGUCAAUAAAAUAUUUUUUUUAAAAAAUCACGCUUGUAUGUGAAAGUAGGCUGGAAAAUUUCCAAGUGCAACUGAAGUCUACUUGGGAAGCUUAUGAAUUUUCUCCAAAAAGCAAUAUAAUACUUAGAGUAACAGUCCUCCAGAACCAUUUUAUGUACUGGCCAUUUGCUGUUCAGAUAGGUGAGGUUUUCCCAGGCUUACACUGCCAUUUCCCAUGGCUUUCUCACAUGUUAGUAUCCUGUACCCUCUUGCAAAAGAAGAAGUAUUAAAGAUUUUAAUUGUAUUUUAACACUUGUUCCCACAGGAUAUGUCUACAAGAAAUCUUUCUUAUUCUCUUUAUUUCCUGGGAUUUUGCUUUCUGUAUUCAGACUUGUGGUGUUGCAGGCUACCCCUCACAGUAAUGUUUGCAAUAUUUCAGCUUCUGUAGGAAUAGGUCAGAAGGGAGAUACAUUCCAUGGCUUUUCCCCUUCCUUUUUUUCCACCUCUCCAUCCUGCCCUACUCCUUAAUGCAAACUGCAGCAUUAGCUCAGGGCAAGGCCCUUUUGCAGAGCACUGGGCUUGCAGGUGUGUGUCAAGGUUUCAUCCAAUAGAACAGAACUGUAACACUUGUCUCAGCUCCAGGGUUUGUUUGGGGUUUUAAAGAAUGAUCAGAAGGGGUGUGCAGCCUCCCCUGAUCCAUCUGGCUUGCAUCAGCAUCCCUGCUUUGCAGCAGGAGCAGGCACUCCCCUGAGGAGGCUUGGCUGCCUCCACUGACUCAAAGUGCCAGUUUUGGCUCACCAGGGAGUGUCUGAAGGGGUUUUAAACAGGCUGCAUUGUAAAUCCAUUCUUUACCCAUUAACCCAUCAUUUUAUUUUCCAGAAAUGAAGUUCUUGAUGGAGGGUAAGGCCUUUGCUAGAUUUUUGUCAAUGGGACAUUU